AACAGAGGGCAGGAGCGGCGGAGAGGAGCCGGGCGCGCAGUGCCAGCCACGCGUCGGCCCCGGGCCGUGGGCAGCCGCCGCGUCCCGCCUCCUUUCCUCGUCCUUCAUCGGGAACGGGCUCCUGAGAGUGGCUCUCCUCCCACGCCGGGAGCCGGACUUUAUGGGACCGUUGAGCCUCCAGUCCACCCAGAGUCCCCGAGGACACCGAGCGACGUUCGGGCCAUGGCGUUGCCUGCUGGCCUAGGCUGGCGGCGCGAUGUUGGAGAGCACGCGUCCCCGUAAACUCCGCCGCCACCGGGUGCCAGCGGUGCUCUCCCGGGAGCUGCCGGCUCCCGGCUCUGCCGGUGGGGACCUUUGGAGACGCCUGGAACCCAGGCCCCGGGUAUGGACAGCGUUUUCCUGUCUCGGCUAACUCUAAGAAACGCUGUUUCUCAGAAUUGAUAAAACCAUGGCACAAAACUAUGUUGACUGGAUUUGGUGUGACACUGUGUGCGGUUCCUAUUGCUCAGAAAUCGGAGCCGCAGUCUCUCAGUAACGAAGCAUUGAUGAGGAGGGCUGUGUCUUUGGUAACAGAUAGCACCUCUACCUUUCUGUCUCAAACCACGUAUGCUCUGAUUGAAGCAAUCACCGAGUAUACUAAGGCUGUUUAUACGUUAGUGUCUCUGUAUCGACAAUAUACAAGUUUACUUGGGAAGAUGAAUUCCCAGGAGGAAGAUGAGGUGUGGCAGGUGAUUAUAGGAGCCAGAGUUGAGAUGACUUCAAAACAGCAGGAGUACUUGAAGCUGGAGACCACUUGGAUGACAGCGGUUGGCCUUUCAGAGAUGGCUGCAGAGGCUGCCUAUCAAACUGGAGCAGAUCAGGCCUCCAUAACUGCCAGGAAUCACAUCCAGUUGGUGAAGUCACAGGUGCAGGAGGUACGGCAGCUAUCCCAGAAAGCAGAAACCAAGCUGGCUGAGGCACAGACACAAGAGCUACACCAGAAAGCACAGGAAGUGAGUGAUGAGGGGGCUGACCAGGAAGAGGAGGCCUACCUGCGUGAAGAUUGAGGGCUUGAGCCCAGUGCCCUGUCCAUCCACUCUGGGGAAAGCAGGUGGUCCAUCCACCUAAUGUCCCAACUCUGCAGAGGCUAUAGGUCCUGCCGUUGACAGUCAGACCAGAGCCUUUUGUGAGCUGUGCCUGGCCCUCUCUGCUCGCAGCCUCUAUGGCCUGGUUCUUGGCUCUUUUCUCAGGCGUGGUUCAGCGCUGUACCCUCAGCACAUCUCUCUUGCUGAUCUUUUACCUCACAUCCAAACAUUUCACCAACAUGGGCCAAUAGAGGAGGGGCCUUUUCUGCCACACCCUUAAGUUCAAUAGCUGUCUAACUACAGUUUUUAAUGUUACUCAGAUGUUAAGUGUGAUUUAGUGCUUUCUCCUCCACGGGGAGGGGGAGCUUGUCUAGUUUGUAACAUUUCUGUGUUUAUAAUGUCUUUCUCCCUGUGAGCACAGCUCAGCUAAGGAGUUACUCAGAGCGUGAACAGUUCGCCUGGUGCUCCCCACAGGACCUUCUCUAACACGUGCUUCUUGUUCGUUCCUUCUUUGAAUUUCUCUGCUGUAUCCAAAGGAAGACAAGUUUGGUGUUUGCAUUAAAAAGAGAGUCAGUCUUCGG